AUGUACAACAAUGGUGAGAUAACCCUGAAUGACGAGGAGCUAAUUCAGCAAAUGUCUAGGAAAUUGAAUGUUGAAGUCUGUCAUGUUGUUCAGUCUAUCGAACAUUUGAGAAACCUUGAGGCUAGUAAGAGAAGAAGAGAAAAGGAAAAUGAAGAGAAGAACAAGAGGAGGUUUAACAUGAAAUACGAGGAUUAUGAUUGGAUUGAUUUAGUGGUUUCCGGAAAGAUAAACAAAUUGUAUUCUGCUGAGUUAGACAAAUAUUUAGUAGAACAUCAAUUGAAUACUAAGUGUAGAAAAUCUGACAAAAUUAAAGCUGUUACAGUUCAUGCCCUAAGAGCUGGUGCUACAGUGGUUGUUAUAGAGAAGCAGAACGUUUACAAUGACAAUUGGGAGUCAGAUAAUGAAAGUGAUUCUGAAAGUACCAUAGAAAGUGACUGUAGUGAUGAUGAACUUGAU